AUGUUGCAAAGCCUGCAUCUCUGUGUUGACUUUGGUCCCUUCGACUUUCGAGAUUCGUGUGUCCGAGGUUACUGGAGCUCCCUCGUCCCAGCAGCACUCGUCUUAUCAUUCUGCAUAUUUUCGCUACCGACCCCUAGAUGUACACACGCAACAUUAAAGCUGGUGAAGAUCCCGUUCACCCAAUUCAUUACCCUUGAAGAGGCAGAGGGGUUGCAGCUCGACGGAUGUUCUGUUGCAAGCGAGACAGCAGGAGGUGUGGAAAGUGCUGGAGGGGUCAAUGCUAAAGAUUCUUCGAGACGAAGGAACCUAUUUCUAUCGUGGAUUGCUCUGUUUGCAACCUUUGCGUGGUUUGGAAUCGGAAUAAGGCAACUUGUUUUACAAAAUGGAGAGCCCUUCAAUGCAUCCGUGCCACUUUUAAUCGGAAUUUCCUGGUUGUAUGCUGCUCUGCGACCCAUCAUCUGGCCAAGUCCUACUCCACCUUUCGAUCUCUUCUCUCUUUACCUCGCUCAUCUCGUAGCGGGUACCUUGCUCCUAGGCGGUGUGUUAUACGAAACCCAUGUCUGGGCUGUCGCUCUUCCCUCACCCUACCUGCUUGCCAUUAUGGUUAGCAAUCUCGUAGCAAUUGUCAUUGAGUUGAUUAUUGUCCUUGGUAUGCCUUUGGCCAUACCAAGCAGUAGAGUCAAGGAGGAAGAUAUUGGCAAAUCUAUUUCCCCAGAAGAUUAUACUUCGUUAUGGGGUUGGAUUACAUUCUUCUGGGUACAUCCUCUUAUAAAAAAGGGAACAUCCGCAACGCUGAAUGAACCGGAUGUAUGGAACGUUAGUAUCACCAUGCAGUCGCGACCAAUCUUCGCCCGAUUCAUGGCCCACAGGGAUAUCUCACUACUUCGUCGCAUCUGGGUGACGAACUCGCUCGAUUUCAUCCUUGAAUUCAUCCUUACAUUGGCGAGUAUCAUCUUCACCUAUGGGGGUCCAUUUUUCCUGAAACGCAUCCUCGAUUCCAUUGACGAUCCUACACCCGGGAAGGAAAACCGGGCUCGUGCAUACAUUUAUGCCUUUUUAGCCUUUGCAUGUACUGUCAUUAAAGCGCAGGCUGAAGUACAUCACCUAUGGUUUGGACGACGUGCCGCCACUCGAAUGCGCUCAGAGCUCAUGGCUGCGAUAUAUGACAAGGCAUUGAAACGCAGGGAUUUUUCAGGUCUUACAAACAAAGGUGAUGCCGAUGGUGGCAAAACUAAGGACGAAAGUCGUGAUGGUGGUGAGUCUCUUCCUGUUCCAAGGAAUAGUUACAUAUGUAAUGUAACUUGUUUCAUAUUAAAAGACAAGAAGAAAGACAGUGAAAAGGAAGAUGACAAAAAAACUGGAGCUGAUGUUGGAAAGAUUGUUAACCUUAUGGCUGGUGACGCGAAUACGAUUUCGCAAAUGGCACAAGGAAUAUACUUACUCUACGGAGCUCCAUUCGAACUCGUCAUUUGCGUGCUUUUCUUAUACCAGUUACUCGGCCUCUCAGCAUUUGCUGGGGUUUUUGUCGUUCUUGCUGGUUGGCCCAUCAACAGCUGGGUCGCCAAACGAAGUGUCAUGAUCCAGAAGAACCUGCUAGCUGCUAGAGACAAGCGUAUGAGCGUUGUCAAUGAAGUCAUUACAGCUGUGAAAUUCGUCAAAUUCUUCGCAUGGGAGGAUCGCUGGAUUAAACGUACAUUUGAUGCGCGAGAGAUAGAGAUGUCUUGGAUGAUCAAAUCACGGAUUAAUUUCAUGUUCUUUAGCUUACUUUGGCAGUCAGCGCCAUUGAUCGUUUCCGUCGUUGCGUUCGCAACGUAUGUCUUCUUGGGAGGCCAUCUAACGAUCGGAACCGCUUUUACGGCUAUAACGCUAUUCAACAUGCUUGCGCUGCCUCUAAAUGUGAUUCCUAUGUGGAUUGUGCGAAUUUUGCAGGCCAAGGUAGCUCUGGACCGUAUUGCCACCUUUUUGGAUGAGGACGAGGUGGAUGAACAAGUUUCAUCUCUAAAGAAAUCUGCGGAACGCAUCUCAGAAGAUACCGAGGGAUUCGGCAUUGACCAGGGAUCGUUCGUAUGGAAUAAAGUAGACGGUACUGAUAGCAACAUGCCCACAGAGAUUACCCAUGGCAAGCCUGCAUCUGACGACGGCACUAUCGUUCCUGAGGCGCCAAUAAACACUCAAACGCUAGAUCAUCACUUUGAACUGAAAGAUAUCUCUGUAAUGUUUCCUGAAGGCGAAUUGACAGUGGUAACUGGUCCCACUGCAAGUGGUAAAACUGCUCUUCUUAUGGCACUCCUUGGCGAGAUGACUGCAGUCCACGGCAGGCUAAUCAUGUCGAAGAAUCCUUCGCAAGUGGAUGAGAAUGGACUCAUGUAUGCCAUUUCAUACGGUGCACAAUCUCCGUGGCUUAGACAUCAGUCUAUCAAAGAUAACAUUCUGUUCGACUAUCCAUAUGAUGAGAAGAGGUAUAACGCAGUCAUCGAAUGCUGUGCACUAAAACCCGAUCUUGCUAUUCUAGAGGAUGGUGACGCGACUGAGAUAGGAGCAAGGUUUGUGAUAUUAUGUGGCGCAUUUCCAAUGAUUAAUGAACUGACAUUGCCUGUUUCCCACAUCACAGGGGAGUUAGUCUUUCAGGCGGACAAAAGGCUAGGUUUGACCAUUUUUUCUGGCCGCUGGUGGACUUCGUGCUCACAUACUACUAGGGUUGCGUUAGCCCGUGCUGUAUACGCGCGCACCAAAUAUGUGUUGUUAGACGAUCCUCUUAGCGCCGUUGAUAGUCAUACGGCUCGUUUCCUGUUCGAUCGAUUGCUCUGCGGUCCUCUGCUGAAAGGCCGUUCGGUGAUCCUUGUUACCCAUCACGUUGAACUCGUUCUUCCGGGAGCCUACUAUCUUAUACGAAUGCUGGAUGGCCGCAUUGAUGCACAGGGUACUGUGAAGGAUCUCCGUGCACAAGGUAUACUCGACGCGAUCGAACUGAGUUCCGUGCUUCAAGCCCCAGAGCAUGCAUCUGCCGCAGAAGGACAAGCAAAGAAUGUAUUAGAAGAAACAAAUGGCUCGGAAGAUGCUGCGCAAGAAGCAAAGAAACCAUCAAAACUCAUUCAGGACGAGCAUCGCGAGUCUGGUUCUGUGAAGUGGGUUAUAUAUAAAACAUAUCUCAAGGCUUCCUCAUACUGGACUUGGUUCAUUCUUUCUUCCUUUAUUGUCGUAAACCAAAGCUUAGGCGUGGCCCAAAAAUUAUGGAUCAGAACCUGGGGAGAAGCGUAUGGUCAUGUAUCGAGCUCCUCAUUCUCUUAUGCGUUUGAGUCAUAUACACGACCAGAGCACGAGGUAGUACUCUGGAACUCUCGGCAUUUUCAGGGAGCAGAGCUGUUAAUGCAGAGCUCAAAUUCAUCAUUUGCCACCUUACCAGAUGCUGAAGAGCAUCCCAUGUUUUUCGUUGGGAUCUACGCGGCAAUCGGUUUGGGUAUCACCCUCGUCAUGCUUUUGUCGACUGCGAUCCAGUAUAUUGGUGGCAUUAAGGCAUCUCGGCGUUUGUUUUCGCAGAUGUUGGUUGGUGUAGUGGGAGCUACUAUGCGUUGGCACGAUACAACUCCUCAAGGACGAAUGCUCAAUCGCUUCGGAAAAGACAUGGAGACUAUAGACACCUCCCUCUCCGAAUCAUUACAAGCUGUCAAUUCAUCCUUGGCCAGUUUCGCCGCAGCUAUAGCCACUGUUGCCGUGUUCUUCCCAUCGUUCCUCGUACCGGCCUUCUUCAUCGCAUGGGGAUACAGACAACUUGCAGUUGGUUAUCUCAACACUGGUCGUGAUCUUCGUCGCAUGGAGUCAAACUCUCGAUCGCCCAUAUUUUCUGGAUUCAGUGAACUUUUAGAAGGAAUCGUUACAGUCAGAGCUUUCUCAGCCGAGAAGCGUUUCCUUGAUGAUCUGCACGCCAAAAUCGACGGUACCACUAUGAUGUGGUAUAAUUUCUGGAUGACGAAUCGAUGGCUCCUGCUUAACUUCGAUAUCCUUGGGGGUAUCGCGGUUUUGUUUACUACCUUGAUCGCUUUGUAUGGCCUUGCUGGCUCAGGUCUCGCCGGUAUCUGCAUAACUAGUGCCAUGUCAUUCACUGUCAGUGUCUAUUGGGCCUGUCGAUUUUGGACUGCUUUGGAACUUGAUUUGAACUCUGUGGAACGAGUUGUCGAAUAUUUGGAUCUUCCCCAGGAGCCCUCGGCUGUAAUAGAAUCUAAUCGGCCUCCUGCCUAUUGGCCAUCCAGUUCUAAUACGGAGUCUUUGGUUUCCGUCGAAGACCUCGUCAUUAGAUACGCGCCGGACUUACCCCCUGUGUUACACGGCAUUUCAUUCACCCUUAAGGCUAGAGAGCGAGUCGGUAUUCUGGGACGAACAGGAAGCGGAAAAUCUACUCUUGCUAUGAGUGUUCUACGCUUUGUUGAUCCUUAUAGUGGAAGAAUAGUUAUCGAUGGAAUUGAUAUAUCAACGAUCGGCCUGAAAGAUCUACGGUCACGUUUGACAUUCAUCCCUCAGGAUGCCACACUUUUCUCUGGAACUCUUCGUGACAAUCUAGAUCCUUUCGGUGAAUAUGAUGAGAGCGAAUGUCUUGAUGUCCUGUAUCGUGUCCAGAUGAUCACCGAAAGUUCUUACGAGAGUCAACGGGCCUCACGAGAGCCAUCUAGAUCACCUUCUUCUCAUGGUACAGACCAUGAAGGCUCGGUAUCAUCGGCUUCCCGUACUGUCGCCGACUCGGACGUCAAGACAGUCGUUACUCUGGACACGCAAGUGUCUGCUGGCGGUACCAAUUUCUCUCAAGGGCAGAGGCAACUGAUCGCCUUAGCCCGAGCGCUUCUACGUAGAAGCUCAGUCAUCAUUCUUGAUGAAGCAACGAGUAGCAUAGACUUUGCAACAGAUGCUAAAAUCCAAACGACGAUUCGCGAAGAGUUCAACGACUCACUUCUACUCACUGUUGCUCAUCGCCUUCAAACUGUCAUCGACUACGACCGACUGCUUGUAUUAGACCAGGGCAAGAUUUCCGAAUUCGAUACACCCCUGAACUUGAUAAGCAAAGAUGGUGGUCUAUUCAGGGAUAUGUGUCUCAAAAGUGGGAUGUUCAGUGAGCUAGAGGCUGCAGCAAAAGCAAAAGCCCAACGUGAUUCACGUUAACAUGUCCUAAUGGGCCUCUGUUAUUAGACUUUAUUUUUUGUAGAAGAGCUACUAUCGUUGGACACCGGAUGCAACCGGUAAGAGAUAUGCACUU